GCGGGCGGGUACAGGGACGCUGGCCGAGCUGGUGCCCUCUGAGCUCCUUCCCCCAACGCUUGUCUGGUUCUCGACGCUGCUGCGGCCGACACUGUUCUUUCAGCUACUGCGGGUGUCGAGGCAGAGAGCCAAGGCCUAUCAGCAGAGGACGGAUGGGCCAGCGCGAGAGAUGGAGCCCGCGCCCAGACGCUACCAGCCUGAAAGGCCAAGCCCCGGAGCCAGGGCUUUUUACCCUUCCGGGAUGUAGCUUCUGCCCUUCCUCUAGGGUGAGGGAUGUGCAGAAAAGUCCCGAUCAGCGGCCCCAGCCACUGCAGGCGUGAUACCAUGAGUUCACACGGGGUCAGAGCCUCAGCUCUCAAGACCUCCACGCCAGAGCUAGAGGCUGGAUCGGAAAAAGCUCCAGUGCCGCUACUGCGCUUGCGUCCCGGCCACUCCUGAUGACAUUAGGCGCACCGAGACGCGAGUCCUUGACCUCACUCCAGCGAAGAAUGAAGUGGGGCUCUUAGCGGAAAAUGAGGGAGUCAAGACUGAUGCAGUGGAAACAAAAGUUUAAAAUGUGGCGAAUGCAGAGAAAGAAGAGCUAUUUUUGCAGCGGAGUGGUGCUGCAAGAUAGGUGGCAUCCUGCUCGGGAUGCCAGGUAUUUUAAUUAAUAUAGCCAAAUUACACGCAGAAAAAAAUACUUAAACAGGAUCAGGAAAGUUUUUAUUUAUCAUCAAAGCCUAGUUUAUCUCAUUGCGCAGUACUGCUAGAGGCUCCUCACUUCUGUGCCCCUACUGGGUAACUGUCACUUGUCCAGGGCUGUGUGGUUAGCCCUUAUCCAAGAGCUGGUAGGAGCCUGAGACCUUCGCUACCUUUCUGCAGACUCACCAGGAAAACAAAAUGGUUGAAGCAGAUCGCCCAGGAAAGCUCUUCAUUGGUGGGCUUAAUACAGAAACAAAUGAGAAAGCCCUUGAAGCAGUAUUUGGAAAAUAUGGACGAAUCGUUGAAGUACUCUUGAUGAAAGACCGAGAAACCAAUAAAUCAAGAGGAUUUGCUUUUGUUACAUUUGAAAGCCCAGCAGAUGCUAAGGAUGCAGCUCGGGACAUGAAUGGAAAGUCCUUAGAUGGAAAAGCCAUCAAGGUGGAACAAGCCACCAAACCAUCAUUUGAAAGUGGUAGACGUGGGCCACCUCCACCUCCAAGAAGCAGAGGUCCUCCCAGAGGUCUUAGAGGAGGAAGAGGAGGAAGUGGGGGAAUUAGGGGACCUCCCUCACAUGGAGGGCACAUGGAUGAUGGUAGCUAUUCCAUGAAUUUUAACAUGAGUUCUUCCAGAGGACCCCUUCCAGUGAAAAGAGGGCCACCACCACGAAGUGGGGGUCCUCCUCCUAAAAGAUCGGCACCUUCAGGACCAGUUCGAAGCAGCAGUGGAAUGGGAGGAAGAGCCCCUGUAUCACGUGGAAGAGAUAGUUACGGAGGCCCACCUCGAAGGGAAACCCUGCCCUCCCGUAGAGAUGUUUAUUUGUCUCCAAGAGAUGAUGGAUAUUCCACUAAAGACAGCUAUUCAAGCAGAGAUUACCCAAGUUCUCGUGAUUCAAGAGAUUAUGCCCCACCACCAAGAGAUUAUACUUACCGUGAUUAUGGCCAUUCCAGUUCACGUGAUGACUAUCCAUCAAGAGGCUAUAGUGAUAGAGAUGGCUAUGGUCGGGAUCGUGACUAUUCAGACCACCCAAGCGGAGGUUCGUACAGAGAUUCAUAUGAGAGUUACGGUAACUCACGUAGUGCUCCACCUACACGCGGGCCCCCGCCAUCUUAUGGUGGAAGCAGUCGCUAUGAUGAUUACAGCAGCUCACGCGACAGGUAUGGUGGAAGUCGAGACAGUUACUCAAGCAGCCGAAGUGAUCUCUACUCAAGUGGUCGCGAUCGGGUUGGCAGACAAGAACGAGCGCUUCCCCCUUCUAUGGAAAGGGGGUACCCUCCUCCACAUGAUUCCUACAGCAGUUCUAGCCGUGGAGCACCAAGAGGUGGUGGCCGUGGAGGAAGCCGAUCUGAUAGAGGGGGAGGCAGAAGCCGAUACUAGGAACAAACAAAACUUCGGACCAAAAUCCCCAUUCAAAGAAACAAACAAAAAGUGGAAACUAUUCUGUCAUAACUACCCAAGGACUACUAAAAGGAAAAUUGUGUUACUUCUAAAAAUUUUCCUGUUAAGUUCCCCUUCGUGAUUUUUAUGUUCUUGUGAGGAAAGAAAAGUAAAACAUGUUUAAGUUUGAUUUAAAAAAACAAAAACCUAGUUUAUAACCAUCUUCAACCUGCAGGAAAAUGGCACUCCUAACAAAAACAUCAGUUCUAGAUUAUAGGUUUUUGUUUUGUUUCAGUUUGGUUUGGUUGGAUUUGGUUUUUGGAGCUAGGGAUUGAAUGCAGGGCCUUGUACUGUAUAUGGUAAACAUGUGCUCUGACACUGAGCUAUAGCCCAGGCUUAAACAAUUCUAAUGUAGAAAACUGCAAAGGAGUUAGAAAACUGCAAAAUUGUUUUAGGCAAAGGUGGAAUUAGAGAUAUGGAGCUUGACAUUUUAGUCUUAGGUUAUUCUUUUGAUUCUUAGGUCUACAAGCUACUAAUAAUAUAUAUAUACUAAUUACUGUGUACUGUAUGUAGUCAGUGUGUACUCUGUUUUAGGAAGAAACCUAUUGCAAAGAUAUAAGGUAGUAUUCACGUGAAACUUAAAAGUGAAAAGGAAUUUGUCCUUUCGAUGCAUGUUAAAAAAAUCUAUGAUUGGAAGCUUUGUGUUGACUUUUGAUAAAUGUGGUAACUUCA